AUGUCGUUGGUACGGCCCAAUGAGCUCCAUAUAAAGGGUCGUAUGUAUGAAGUCGCUGGUCGAUUGAGAAGGGGGAAAUCGGGUGACUUGGUUCUCCAGCGAAGGCUCAUGGAUGCCUCCACCCCAGCUGCUGUCCUCGAGAUAGUCCUCCCCAACGCCACCAAACUCGGCAGCGUCAACUACGCCUGUGCACUGCAUCGGUGCGCGGUGUGGUUCCGUAGUGGUAAGCGGAGGCCUUCGGGUCUCUCACAGGUGCCUCGGCUGGCCCUUCAGACAGUACGUGAUUGGCGAGCUCGAGAGGCUGCUACUAUCACUUGGGCUUUGGCUGUGACUCGGGAGCUUGACCACAUCUUGGAGUUCGCUAGGUUGUCCAUGUCGUGUGAUGAGGCCUCUGGAGGUGACCUUGCCAACGUCGUUCACAGUCUGACCAUAUCCGGCCUCAACCCUAGGCAAUGCACGGCGACUCUUGCUGUUGUUGCAAAGAGGGUUACUGCUAUGGACUUAUCCCACUCUGGUGUCAUCGAACCCAAACAAUUGGCCGCAGUUUUCUGGGGUUUUGUGAAGCUUGAGUUCACUGAUGACGAC